AUGCCAAGGACUAAGAAGAACGUAGAGACCGUCAGUGCUGCUGAUGAAAACACGGGUAUCAUCCAAGCAGCUUCCGGGAAGGAUGCUGUAAUGAAGGAGCCUAUGGCCGACAUCACCAACGACACCAAGCCAGUGAAGAUGGAGGAGCAGAACGAGGUCAAGCAGGAGGAGAAGGUGUACAGGACACACAUCCGAUUCGACGAGGAUGGCAAUGAGACCAAGGAGGUUGAGGAAGUGUCGAUCAGGAAGGAGACUAACGGGCAAGAGGAGGAGGAGCACGAGGAGGAAACUGACAACAAGGCUGACAACGGCGAGGAGUUUGUUGAGGUGACUCACUUUGGGCUCACCUACAAGAUCUACAAGGGAUCGAACAAGGUGGAGGCCGUCUCCGGCAACCAGGGAGCAUCUGCUGAGCAGCCAUCGCAAGUUGACCAGGAGAAGCUCAAGUACCGCGAGCCGCCCUCCUAUUUCUACAAGGAGCAGAAGGAGAGGGAUGUCUCUUGGCAGGGAGUUCAUACUCGCUUCGAAGACGAUGAUGAUGUGGCCGCGGUGGAGCAGCAGGAGGUGCCUGAGCUCGAGGCCAUUAUGGCCAAGACGCUGUCGCUGGGGGCCGAGGAGAGCGCGUCGAAGAAGAAGGGGAAGGGCCAAGGGAAGAAGUGA